AUGGAAUGCCACACACGCAAGGCCUGGUGGCAUUUCAAAUGCGCCAGGUUACAGGACGACCAGAUAAGCCGACUAGCUAACUCUCCUGACACGUUUGUCUGCGCCAUCUACCUCUACGUCAAGGGUGCAAUGCAUACCGCAGCGAAGAGGAGAGCCCCCCAAAACGGUGCCCAAUCCCCAGUGCAGAUGCCGAAAGACCACUGCCAGUGUUCCGCUUUAAUCGGGAUACUCGACGCAAAAUUAGAGCGUCUUUCAAAGGCACUGGAGGACUCAGGCGCUAAGAAUGCCUCGACCGGGACGAAAGUUGACAAGGAGCUUUCUUCGCUGGACCGAUACCUCGCGAUUUCCAUACCGGGCCCUUUGGAUGCGAAGAAAGACGACCAGAUAAGCCGACUAGCUAACUCUCCUGACACGUUUGUCUGCGCCAUCUACCUCUACGUCAAGGGUGCAAUGCAUACCGCAGCGAAGAGGAGAGCCCCCCAAAACGGUGCCCAAUCCCCAGUGCAGAUGCCGAAAGACCACUGCCAGUGUUCCGCUUUAAUCGGGAUACUCGACGCAAAAUUAGAGCGUCUUUCAAAGGCACUGGAGGACUCAGGCGCUAAGAAUGCCUCGACCGGGACGAAAGUUGACAAGGAGCUUUCUUCGCUGGACCGAUACCUCGCGAUUUCCAUACCGGGCCCUUUGGAUGCGAAGAAAGUAAUGCAACUCUCUGAAGCGACUAUAAAGACCGCGACAGCGUCUGUAGUGGACAGGCGCCUGAGGAGAAGAAGACUGAUAAUCUGGGGUUCAUUUUCCGGAAAAACCACGACAGUGAAGCUGGCACAAACAAUCCUUAGGAAUGUCCUCACCAAGCCCGACCAAUCGCUCCAUGCAGAAUGGUUACGCCAGGAGGGAAGCAAGCGAACGCUUGGAAUUCUCGUCACUCUUUCUUCCCCAUCUGACGUACAGAAUAUCUUGGAGCGGGCUGGCAGCAUUCAGAAGGCCAACCCAAUGGUCAGGCGUCUAUCUGAGGGUCGCCCUCUAGCCGUGCGACAGCUCGGUCACAAGAGGUCAGGGGUGGACUCCACUCCGUCAAAAGCGACCUCUCUGUUUGUGGACACAACCGUCGCCCAGGACCUUGACAACCUAAGCCAUAAACAUGACUACAGUCAUCCGGAGAAUCCCUCGUACAUCCAGUUGGCCACGCUGAUCGCUGGCGGAUCGGGUGUUCAGACAAACACGAAAGAAGAGCGACUGCAGCCAAACAAACCACAUAAAAAUCGCCAGAUUAGAAAACUGCUAGCUGGCUGCAAAGUGCAGUCCCUAGCGAAACGCGUCGAAUCGGGCGGACGUUUUGCAACGGCGCAACAGAGCGCCUGGACUCAACAUGUCGUUGCACCCACCAAAUACCGGGCAGGCCAACUACCAUCCAUCCUGGAUUUGGUCAUCACCAACGAAGGGCACUUCGUUGAUCAGGUAACAGUUAACGCUCCACUGGGACAUAGCGACCACUGCGUGUCGACCUUUGAGUUCAUCUGCUAUUGGGCCAGAAAUCCCGAACCUCCAUCGUGGUUUCGAUACUUCUGCCGUGCAGACUUCUCAGGAAUGCGCAUCCUUCUUGAACAAGUCACACUGGAACCAGCUCCAGUGGAAGAACUGUAUAGCAGCAUUGUUCAGAAAGUUCACGAGACUGACGCGACGUCCGUCCCAAAAAAACCAGCACGCAGUCGGACGAACCGCAGGAUGCCAAAAAAAUUUCGGUUGUCCAUAGUUGUUUCCUCGCCGAGUUCGCAACUUCGGGUCCUCCAUUACGUCAAAAUGGGUGAACGGAAAGGAACAAACAAAUACUAUCCGCCAGACUUUGACCCAAAAGUACACAAAAACCUCAACGCAUACCAUGGAACUCAUGCGCUCCGCGAACGUGGUCGUAAAGCUUCACAAGGCAUACUCAUCAUUCGUUUUGAAAUGCCUUUCAACUGUUGGUGUCUUACUUGUAAAAAUCCUAUUGGAAUGGGUGUGCGCUAUAAUGCAGAAAAAACGAAAGUUGGCAUGUACCACUCCACUCCGAUAUAUAAGUUCACCAUGCCUUGUCACUUGUGUGCUGGAACCAUUGUUAUGCAGACGGACCCUAAAAACUUCACCUACAUUAUCCUAGAAGGGGCAAGGAGAAAAGUUCAAAACUGGGACGCCGAAGAUAAUGAACAACCAGUGAUUCCAGAUGCCGAAGAGAAACGGAAGUUGGCAUUGGAUGCCAUGUAUCAUCUCGAACACGAACAUGUGGAUAAAACGAAAGGCCAAUCAGUUUUACCUGCUAUACAACAACUAGAGACGGACAGGAAAUCGCUUAGAGACGAUUUUGCUCUAAACACCCUGGCUCGAAAACAUUUUCGGGUUGCGAAACGUGCGGCUGCGGAAAAAGCAGAUUCGGAGCAGAAGCUUAUGAACCGUCUCUCCCUGUUCGGCUCUGAGGUCACAUUGCUCCCUGAAGACCAAACUGAUUUGAGGACUGCCAAGCUAAUCCGCCUUGGCCACACACAACGAAAAAACUCGGAGAGUAAGCUUCGCUCUACCGAUAACGAUCCGAUUUUUGGUGUGGCGAAAGACAUACCUCCUCGAAAACGACGCAGUAGUGUUGGUGAUCAGCCCACUGGAGAUGCGUCAUCGAGCCAUUCGAACAGCACAGGUGCCUCUACGCCAAAAAAUUCGUUGUUUGAACCUUUAGCAAAUCUUUCCAAAAAAUUGAAGCAGCGUAGUGAGGCGUUCUCAAUUUCAGACAAGACCAAGGUUCCUACACCGGGUUUGAUAAGAAUCGGGGCCUCAAUUUGCACUGCUAACCAUUCGCGGCAGUGCAAGGACGAGACUGCAACUCACGAUGGUGCUCACGGAUCUGUGCCCGCAGUUGAAGAGAAUGGCGGCUUAAUGCUCGUUCCUCGCGUUUCCUAUUUCCCGCUGGUGAUCGAUCGAGUUGUUCGAUAUUUUAUCGAAUUCACGGAAUACGCAUCUCACUUCGGUGAUCAGAUGAAGGAACUGGGAACGGAAGUUAACAAAGCCACAGAAAUAGGUGUUGAAGCCGGCAGGGCGUUUGACUCUGCUGGAAAGACUGUUGGGCCAGAGAUUCAACGACUGAGUAGCGCUGUUCCACCAGAGCACCGGGUUUGGUUGGAGUACGCCCAUCAACCGCUGAAAUGGCAUUAUCCCAUCGGUCUUUUAUUCGAUCUGCACGCGGAUGGUACAGAGCUCCCAUGGAAUGUAACUGUCCAUUUCCACAAGGAAGUCGGCGAACUUCAUGAGAAGAGGGGAAUUCACUGGCAUUAUCCCAUCGGUCUUUUAUUCGAUCUGCACGCGGAUGGUACAGAGCUCCCAUGGAAUGUAACUGUCCAUUUCCACAAUUACCCAUCGGAUAUACUUCUAUCCCCUCCCGUCCAUCGUCGCGCUACGGAGAUUCAUUUCAUGUCUGUGGUCAAAGAAGCUGACGCCCUGAAACAUCGAAGCCAAGUGAUGAAUCAGAUGCAAGCUCGCGACCACCACCAGAUUUGGACGGGAAUACUCAACUACAACUUCCAGCAGUAUUGGGACAUCAAUCGACGAUUAAUGGAGCCUGUUGUUCACACCGCUCCUGAGCACCAUUCCCCAAGCCGUUCGGUUUCUGCGGUCACCGAUAGUGAUACGGAUCCCAUCGCGGGCACCAACACACAUUCUAGACGCAGCACGACCACGCCACCGCAGACACUGAAAACUUUUCGCCACAUUCCAUGUCGUCUAUAUCGAGCCGGAAAAACACGGGCUGAUUGCUCUACAGGAUACAUACAAAAACGUAUACCACCUUGUACUAGCGACGGCGUGUAUCUGACUGUUUUGGACGUUACCACGAAACUGCUUUCUGUAGACGAUAAUAGUGAUAAUAGUAGCCCCGCAACUUCAGAAUACGUAUUUUUACUCCACGGAAUUUGUCUACCACUCGACGCUCCUAUCCAGUGGAUAUGUGAACACAUGGCGUACGCGGAUAACUUUGUUCACAUUGUUGCUUGGCCUCGAUCUCGCUUCAAUCGUGCCGUACUUUCUGCAUGACACUUACCACACACACCCAUAGAACAUGUAACAUUAUCCUGCUCCUUUCGAACUGCUUCUUCUCAUCAGUUUGUGACUUCUAUUUUUGUGGACAAGAUACGUACCAAUUUCAGUGUCCACUUCAAACAAAUUGACCGGGACCCAGUCGCGUCACCUUUAGCAGUCCCCCCCGUUGAGAAGUU